AUAAAAAAGCGAAGACAAAAUAACGAAGAAAACCUCCUAACCCCAGAAAGAAACCCCUCUUUAGCUCCCGAUUAGUUUUAAUUGCGAAAAAAGGGGAAAAAAUCAGUCCGGCCGCGACGAAUUCAGUCCGAAUAGAAGCAGAAUCUGGAAGUGUGAUGCGAUCUCGGAGGGGGCGGCCGGCCAAUGGUGCGGCGGCGCGCUGAUGGCCAUGCUGCAGAUGACGUGGCAGCCGAGCCUUCUCAAGUCGCUGAAGCGGAAGCACGGCUCGCCGCCGCUAGGGCUCCGGAACCUCGGCAACACCUGCUACCUCAACUCCGUCUUGCAGUGCCUCACUUUCACCCCUCCCCUCGCUAAUUUCUGCCUCCGCUUCCUCCACUCCUCCGUUUGUGACUUUGGGACAGGAAAGGAGAAGAAGGGGGAUUGUCCAUUCUGCUUAUUAGAGAAACGUAUUGCUCGCUCUUUUAGUAGUGAAUCAGUUUCAGAUGCACCUAUAAAGAUAAAUAGCUGUUUGCGGAUUUAUGCUGAGCAUUUUCACUCCGGGAGGCAAGAGGAUGCACAUGAGUUUUUGCGCUAUGUGAUCGACGCGUGCCAUAACACAUGCUUAAGAUUAAAGAAGUUGCAGCAACAACAGCGUGGGAGGAAUGGGACUGCCAAUGGUGGUGAUAUUGCUGGGGCUGGAGAAACAGUGAUCAAGGAGAUCUUUGGAGGGACAUUACAGAGUCAAGUAAAAUGUUUGGCAUGUGGGGCUGAGUCAAAUAAGGCUGAUGAGAUAAUGGAUAUAAGUCUGGAUAUUUUGCAUUGUGGAUCACUCCGAGAAGCUUUGCAGAAGUUUUUUCAGCCUGAGGUAUUGGAUGGAAAUAAUAAGUACCAGUGUGAUAAUUGCAAAAAAUUGGUGACAGCAAGGAAGCAAAUGUCGAUUCUUGAGGCUCCAAAUGUUCUUGUAAUUCAAUUAAAGAGGUUUGAGGGUAUAUUUGGUUCAAAGAUUGAUAAGCUCAUUGCAUUUGGUGAGGUAUUGGUGCUGUCAAGUUAUAUGUUCAAAGGAAGCAAGGAUCAACAACCUGAAUAUAACCUCUUUGGUACUAUUGUACAUUCAGGCUUCUCUCCUGAUUCUGGGCACUACUAUGCAUAUAUUAAGGAUGCGAUUGGCCGCUGGUACUGCUGCAAUGAUUCUUAUGUUUCAGUCUCAACCCUGCAGGAGGUUUUAUCGGAGAAAGUGUACAUACUUUUCUUCUCCCGUGCAAAACAGAGACCCCGCACUCGGGUUGAUGCAGUGGUUAAUGGAUCUAAGACACACGAGUCAAAUGGCAAUAAGAUAUCAACAAUGCCAAAAUCUGGUUCUAUAGAUAAAGUUUCCAAUAAUCUGCAAGAGACCAAUAAGUCAACUACUGGCAGUAGAUCCCUUAUCAAGAAGUCAGGUUGUGCAGAAAAACCAUUUAGCAUGAAAAUUUCUGCCAACCGUUCUGAAACUAACAGGUCAAAUAAUAUUUUUGCGACCAAUGGCACUAAAACACAUACAUGCCAAAGGUCUGGUCAUGCGGAGACCCCUGCUAAUACGGGAGAUCUUUCUGAUAACCAACCUGAGACGUGUAAAAUCUCUGGUGCUUGUGUAAGACAAGUAGAUGCUCAAGAGUCUUCAACCCAUCAGAGUCAGACAAGUGAUUCAGUUAAGUCUAAGAUUGAUCAUGAGCGCCCUAGUCAGCAGAGAACAUUUAAUGACUCUGGGAGUACCAGCAAGGUUCUUGGCCCUGGAAAUUCUAGGAUUGUCUUUCAAAAGAAAGAGUCCCCAGAUGAAAAAGAGAGAACUGGGCCCAGUGGGCUGAUGAGUGACACUAAGUGUGCGGGAAAAGCGUCAGCUGAUAUUCAGAUUUCAGGGAAAGGGCUAUCUUGUUUGCCUGAAAUAAAUGGGUCUGCUCACAUGACGGACUCACAAAAGACUCUUAAAUGCCAAGGCCCGCCCAGUGGAAAUAUUGGGGCCUCUAACAACUCAUGUGUAAAGAGGAAGAUUAAGGAUGGUUCGUGCAUCUUUUUUGCCAAAGAUGACCAAUCUCGUGCAAGGGUUGAAACAUUCAAGGAAUCGAUUGAAAAUGAAGCUUCCAUGAUCCUACGUUCAUGUGGAUGGUCCGAGGAAGUGCAUAGCUUCAUGCAUGAAGCAAAAAAGUCGUGUCAGGAAACAGGGAAUUCUGCACUGAAUGACCAUGAGAAGAAGAGCUUACUCAUUUCACAAGCGAAGAGAGCUUUUCUUUCCAAGGUUCCCGAAUCACUGAAAGCAAAAUUGGUUGAGCGUCUCAAGUUGUUUAGCCAAGAGACACAACUAUCCGAAACUUAACCGAGCAAGACAUGCAGUUUUAACGAGUGUGAUUUGUUCCCAUUCGAUCAAUAUGCUUGUAAAUAUUUCGCGGAUGUAACCUGGUUGUCGAGUUAGGUAAGUCUUGUUGAGGGAGGCGGCGCUGUUGCACUGUUGGUACUGAAGAGAGGGAGACGGAGACGGAGAGAGAGAGAGAGCAUUGUAGUAGGCACACAAUUCAAUCUUUGUACAAUAUUCUUUUUGCCAUUACCAGUUUUGAAUACAUUAAAUGCAAUGAAGAAGCAAAGUUUGAGGUA